CAGCCUGCCUCUGCCGCCCAGGCAGCGCCCCGAGGGCGGCCACAGUACAGGUGUCCCACUCCCCGGGGACGGUCGGUGGGGAUCCGGGGGCGGGACAGGCGGCAGGUGCUGACAUCGGAGCCGCGCCGGGGGACGCGCCCUUCAGGGAAAGAUGGCACUGGGCUGCGGGCCGAGCGGCACCGUGCCCUCCGAGACACAGGGGGCGCUGUUGCCGCGUCGGGACAGGCUCCGCGGCGGUCCCACCAGCCCUGCGACGGCCUCGCUACGCGGGAGUCAGCCAUGGCUGCUGCUUUCGCACUGCGCACCCUGUGUCGAGCGCGACCCGCCCUGCGUUAUCCGCCCGUCCAGCUGUCAUGGACCCCACGGCGUGGCCAUCGGCUUUCGCCCGCAGACGACGAAUUGUAUCAGCGGACGCGCAUCUCUCUGCUGCAGCGCGAGUCCCCUCACGCCAUGUACAUCGAGAGCUACAGCAGCCGCGGCUUCAUGGUCAACGGAAACCGCGUGCUCGGGCCCUGCGCGUUGCUCCCGCACUCGGUGGUGCAGUGGAACGUGGGGUCCCACCUGGACAUCACGGAAGAGAGCUUCUCCCUCUUCUGGAUGCUGGAGCCCAGGAUAGACUUGCACCCUCUCCCCCUAGAGAUUGUUGUGGUGGGCACUGGAGACCGGACUGAGCGGCUGGAGUCUCAGGUACUGCAAGCCAUGAGGCGCCGUGGCAUCGCUGUGGAAGUGCAGGACACGCCCAAUGCCUGUGCCACGUUCAACUUCCUGUGUCACGAAGGCCGAGUGACAGGAGCUGCUCUCAUCCCCCCACCUGGAGGGACUUCACUCACAUCUGUAGGACAAACUGCAGAAUAAACCACCAAGGACUGACCUGCUGACCUGGAAGGCCCUGGACAUCGCAGAGUACAGGAGUUCCCAGCUUGCAUUGUCUCUUGGGCACUCCCAACACUUGUCUUGCUCACUAGCAUAUUAAUAAUUUAUACUUCUUCCA